AUGCGACGUAUAACAGUGUUGUCCCUCAUUGUUACCUCAUGUCUAGCAUAUAAUGAUCGUUAUGCAAAAGACUAUGGUAGCCGGGACUACGCUAUCGACGAGUCAAUUGUCUCAUACCCGCGGUCAGUCACACAUACUUUCCCGAAUCGUACACAAUGUAUGGAACUAUGCGAAUUACCGUGCACCAUCACAAACGUCUACAUGGAGAAUCGUAACAUUGAAAUGUACAACUGUGUCAAGCUUCGUCCGCCCAAGGUUUCCAUGCUUGGCUCCAUCAAAGCGAAUUCAUUCUACAUGACAUUACUAGUGUUAGGUGUAAUUACACUAGCUAUUGUGCUCUUCAUUACUCUCUGUUUUUGCUGUUCAUAUUGUUGUCGUCAACCUGUUGGCAGCAGAGGAUCAUCGAAGGAUGCGUUGAAUCCGGCUGAUGAUGGAGAAUUUAGAGAAUAUCUGACGGAACCUGAUGUAGGUGCUAUUAGAAAGGAACGAGAUUUUUCGAGAAGACCUCGUGGAACUCCUCAUGUUGUCUAA